AUGGAGUCGAAAUCAUCGCAAAAGCUUGCUAGGUCCUCAUUGUGGGCGAGUGUACCUAACAUUGACGAGGGGCACAAUAAAUUCUAUUAUUACGAGAACAACAACAAAUAUCGAGAAAAAAAUAUCGUCAUUCCUACGGGUGCGUAUGAAAUAGAAGAUAUUGAAUCCUAUAUUAAGAAACACAUUGUUGACGGUGGUGGUGAGGGUGGUGAUCGAGUGAAAGACGUUUUUUCCCUGAAACCUAAUCUGAAUACGCUCAAGUGUGGACGGUACAGUUCAGUGCAUGGCAUUAACUUUCAACCAAAGGAUUCCAUCGCAUACGUUUUAGGAUAUUCUCCAUCAAGAGUCUUGGAACCUAGGAUUUAUCACCAAUCAGAUCUUCCCGUUAAGAUAGUUAAAGUUAGAACUAUCCAUAUCGAUAGCAAUAUUACUGUUGGAGCUUUCUACAACGAUAGACCUUUACAUACCAUAUACGAAUUCUCUAUUACAGACGAGGCUGGGUGUGCAAUUAACGAAAGUUCUAAAAACUUGAUUUAUCUACCAGUGAAUCAACAUCUGAACUAUACUGAACGGUACCAUGGACUCAGAUAUGAGAAGGGCUACGUGGAUUAUAGUUUACUUAAUGAAAUCCUCAGCAGUCAUUUAGCUGAUGUGGAUAUGGUAUACGUAAAAGGACAAUGCAAACGUCAAUUUUUAAUCGAUAGAUUAAAUGAUAUGCAAAUUAUUAAACCCAAUAUUAUCAAUGUUGAAGAUUGUGAUUCGCGUUUAACCACCACCACCACAAAGUGUGAGAAAAUAGAGAAAUGUAUACCACUGUCUUUGAAUCAUGAUGGCGUAUAUGGUAUAUGUGCUCUGAAUAACUGUCUCAAAAUCAAAGAAUGGGUAUAUAAAUGUCUACCUAUGUAA